AUGUUAAGAGAAAAUCUAAUUGCAGAAAGAACUUUGAAGGAUGGAAUGAACAUUUUUGUUUAUAAUAAUUACGCCAUUUGGGUUACAAAAUUUUCUCAUUUAUAUUUUUUCUUUUUUUUUAAUAUUAGAAAUUUAUUUCACUUUUCUACGAAUAUAAUAUUUCUUGUAUUUUUUUUGGGAUUUGUUUUUAUUUUAUUUUUCUUUUGCAUGUGCUGGUAUAGUUUCUAUAGAUUUAUUAGAAAUAUUCUUGAUGCAGAUUUAUUAGAGGAUGAAGAAAUAAAUCCGUCUAUCUUAAACGAAAUAAUACCUCAAAUAUUUUUUUCAAUAUGUAAUUUUUUGUCAAUAAAACUUUUAUACAUUGGGCAUUUAUUAGUUUAUUUAAAUCUACAAGACGAUGUUAUCUUUGUACCUGUUGAAUCAUUAAUAAUUUUUUUUAUUUUUUUUUUUGCAUGUAUUUGUUAUGCCUUUUUAUUUAAUUAUGAGAAUUCAACGAGUAUCUUUAUUCUUGGGCUAAAUGGAAUAAUGACAUUGAUAUUUUUUAUUUUAAAGGAAAAUUAUAUAUUUUUACCUUCUUUGCUAUGUUCAGGGUAUUAUUUAAUUUUCCGAAUUAAAAAUUUUAACAAAAAUAAAAAUUUAUAUCAUGAUACUGAAGAAAAUUAUAUGAAAAUUCUUUUAUAUGGAUGUGCUUUAAAUUUUUUUGCGUUGUUUCUUAAAAAUUUUAAUUUAAUAAAUAUUCAAAUAUUUUCCUUUUUGUUAUUAAUUGGAUUUGUACUUUUUGUGUAUUCCGAUUUGAAUCUUCAAAAAAUGGAAAUUCUUUAUGAACCAAUGGAAAAUAGAAUUCUGUACAAUUAUAUAUCCUCAUUUCAUUUGAAUAAUAAAACUCCUGGAACCCUUAAUUAA